AUGAGACCUGCUAGUAAUAUCCCAGAAACCCCACAACCUCCAUACCCCUUGAUACAAAAGUCACAUAUAGUAUGUGGGUUUGGAAGAGGAUCGUCCGAAUUGGGAAUCCCUACUGCCAAUAUUCCAAUAAAUGAUUCACUUAAUCAAUUGGAUACAGGUAUUUAUUUCGGUUGGUGUAAACUUGAAGUGAAUAAAGAGGAAUGCUCGAAAAAAGUUGAGCGUGGAGAUGGGAACGUUGUAGAAUUUAAUAAUGGAUCAGAAUUAUCUGCAUCGGAAAAGGAUGUUCUCCCCAUGGUUAUGUCCAUUGGAUGGAAUCCAUUUUAUGACAACAAGGAAAAGGCUGCCGAGGUCCACAUCAUGCAUAAGUUCCAACAGAAUUUCUACGGAUCGUUGAUCAGCUACCUGAUCUUGGGAUACAUCCGUCCGGAACUCAACUACACCACCAAGGAGGCUCUUAUUGAAGACAUAAACUUGGAUAUAAAGAUAGCAUUAGACACAUUGAAGAAGGAGCUGUACGCUAAUUCUGACUUAUAG